AUGAGUCAAGCGGUAGAAGGUGCCAUACUAAAGGCUUUGCUGUCGGAAGACGUAGUAUCCUCUGAUACCUUAGCAACAAAGCUUGGCUUGGAUCAUCAGGAGGUGGUGGGAGCAUCCAAGUCUUUGGAAUCUGAUGGGUAUAUCCUAUCAAAGAUUGCUUCUCGUUCAGUGUGGAAGCUGACAGAUGAGGCACACCAGAUCAUUUCUAACGGCAGCCCUGAGUAUAAUCUUUUUCAGAUGUUAGAGGAGAAGGAAUUAAGUCAGUCUGAGGUGGAGGAACGAAUGGGGAAGGCCAUUGCCUCUAUUGCGGUGUCCAAUGGCAUGAAGGCGAAGAUUUUAAAUAUCAGCAAGAAGAAUAACGAGACCUUCAUUUCCCGGCGCGUGAAGAGCUUCACGGAUGAAACCCGGGAGGCCCUAAAGCGCGCGGUUGGUGGGGAGGAGGUGGGGCCUAACGAGGUGGCCGCGCUAAAGCGCCGUAAGCUCGCCUCGCUGGAGGUCUCCAAGUUCUUUGAACUCACCAAAGGCUCUCAAUACAGCGCGGAGCGCAGGAGUAAGGCGGUAGGAGACCUCACGGCGAAGAUGCUUCAGGACGGUUCCUGGAGCACGACUAACUUUAAGGAGUACAACUUCGAGGCGGCUGCCCCAGAGGCCGACGUCGGCCAGCUUCAUCCGCUUCUCAAGGUGCGUCAGGAGUUUCGAGAGAUCUUUAUGGAGCUUGGCUUCCAGGAGAUGGAGACGCAGCACUGGGUGGAGUCGUCUUUUUGGAACUUUGACUCACUUUUUAUCCCGCAGCAGCACCCCGCACGCGAUGUUCAGGAUACCUUUUUUAUUUCGAAGCCGGCCGUGAGCGAGAUCACGCGACGGGCGUUUCUCGAACGCGUUCGCGCCGCCCACGAAAAGGCGUUUCGGACGACGUGGAAGGAGGAGGAGGCGUCGCGGAAUGUGCUGCGCACACACACCACCGGUUCUUCCGCGUACACCUUGUACAAGCUCGCGUUGCAGUCGGGCGUAGAUACGGAAGGGCGUUGCAUGUUUCGUCCAGGCCGCUACUACAGCAUUGAUCGCGUUUUCCGCAACGAACAGAUGGAUCGGACACAUCUGUGCGAGUUUCAUCAGGUGGAAGGAUUUGUCAUCGACCGCGAUAUCUCACUUGCGAAGAUGAUGCACACUUUUGAUCAAUUUUUCCGUCGGAUUGGUAUUGAAAAGUUGCGCUUUAAGCCCGCCUUUAACCCAUAUACGGAACCCUCAAUGGAGAUCUUUGGCUACCACAACGGCUUAAAGAAGUGGAUUGAGGUGGGCAACAGCGGGUUAUUCCGCCCUGAGCUGCUUGGGCCGAUGGGUUUUGACGCUGGCGUCCAGGUGAUGGCAUGGGGUCUGUCGUUGGAACGCCCGACUAUGAUCAAGUAUGGAAUCAACAACAUUCACGAGCUAUUUGGCCACAAGGUGGAUAUCAAAUUUAUUAAGCACGCAGCUAUAGCAAGGUUCUAA